AUCGAGUAGUGUGCGCAUAUAAGCUCAUAGGAACGGUUGUGCGAUAGUUUGGCCAAAGGUGUGCGCGUGCUCUAAGGUAUUAUGAACAAUGUAUCAUAUCCCUCUUCUUCAAUUAAAUUAUUAUAUUACUUCAAUACAUUAGGGAUAGCAUUUGAAUCUAAUAUAUCCUUUACUUGACACCUAAUAUCUGAUCAAUCGCAUUAAGUAAUACUAAAUUUUAACAACAAAAGCGGCAGAAAUAUUAUCAGGGACACCUAUUGUACGUCAAAGUUACAUUACUAUAAUGAACUGCGUGAUGCCACACAACGUUAAAGACAAGCACUUUUAGUUAAAUAAACAGAAACUAUGUGUCGUUAUUCAUGUAGCAGCAUAUUUCGAAUACCAUUCCAUGUACAAAGUCAAAGAAAUACUUUUGAAGUUACUUGUCUUUAGCCCUCGUCGUCUAACAGUACCGAAUAAGCAUAAGGACACGCUACAUUUAUCGAUUUGAUUAAAAAAAGAUUUUCCUAAGUAGAAAACAUUUGCUUAAUUGUUAACGAACGAUCUUUUAAACUUUUACAAAAAGAAAAUGUCGCAACAAUUUGAAUAAGAUCUGAAACAUGAUUACCAAACCUUCAACCAACAAUAAAAGUAUGAUAUGACAGUUUUUCUCGAAUAAACAUCAUAAUAAUGCGUUCAAUCGGAAAUUUAUUGGUUGUAUUGUGACAUACAUAAUGCCGGCCGGUGGCGCGCGCCCGCCCAUACAACCCCAUACAACUCCAAGUGCCGCGUCACCUCUAUAAGCGAUUACGUUUUCUUCAAUACAUUACGUGGAGAUUAGAAAAAAUGGAUGUGACAAAUUUUAUUAUACUGAAGUAAUCGCAUUCUCAGAAAUAAUUUUCUCUUGAGCACGAAUUUCAGAAUUCGAGAACUUUCCAAUAUCUUUCUGAAGUCUACAUUCGGCAUAUUCAGCCCACUACGUACAAAGAGAAAUCCUGUUUUCCAAUCCUUAAAGUACUAAUACUAAGAUUAUUUUACAAAUCGCACAAUUUCUAUAAUCCGUGUAACAAGCGAAAAAAAUGUCAAAUCAUGUCGAUUAGUGGUCGAUGAUCUAAAAAGCUAUUGUGAUGUCACCACAAAGCAAACGAGCAACAACCGCGUCGCCACCCGAAACAUUGUCCACAAACACCUCGGAUACAACCCCCCAACACUAUUUAAACGAUACCUGUAACGAUUUAACCUCAGUUAAAUAUGGAAAUUCGGAAGAAAAUCUACUUUACCCAAUCCACAAAAUUACAAGAAUAUAAUUUAAAAUUCAAAACCAUGUCGUAGUAAAACGUUAAAAUAAUGGAAAUACAAACAGAACCUUUAGAUUUAUCAAUAAAAACUAGCAAAAACAAAUUAAAUCUCGUAGAUACAAAAUUUUUGACCGGUUUGAAUAAUCGUUUAGUAAAUUUGUACGAAAGUUCGAACUUGGUUAGUGAUUGUCUGCCACGGAAAAAUCUUAAUGUGAAAAAUGUAUUACCCUGCCAGGUCUGUUUGAAGACGUUUGAUAGACCUUCCUUGUUGAAACGGCACAUGCGAACACAUACAGGUGAGAAACCACACGUGUGUAGCGUGUGCAGCAAAGGGUUCAGCACGUCAAGUUCCCUCAACACACAUAGGAGGAUACACACGGGUGAGAAACCGCAUAAGUGCCCAGAGUGCGGUAAAUGUUUCACAGCCAGCUCAAAUCUUUACUACCACCGAAUGACGCAUACUAAGAACAAGCCACACAAAUGCCCGUGGUGUCCGCGCUCGUUCCCCACACCGGGCGAGCUGCGCGCGCAUGUCGCGACGCACGCGGCCAAACGUGUGGGAACGUUGGAUCAAGAUGGCGGACAAAUGUUCGACGUUGGCGGGAGUUGGCCAUUUUGCUUUAGUUUACAGAAAAAUAUUCCUCGGUAUUCAUUAAGAUAACGUUACGUAUAGUAUGAUAGGUUUGAUUGAUUUUAAAUUUGUUUAAAAAACUUUUUAAAUAGCUUCUCGCU